AUGGAUGUCCGCCGGAGAAAUGCUUCCAAAGCCUCCGUCCAUGGAGACCACGUCACUGGCGGCGUCGAUGCCCCUUCCAAGGCCUCCGACGCGUUUCCCCAGGUUCCCCUCCCGUUGUCCCUCACCAACACCAUUUUCCUCUCUCUCUUCUUCGCCGUUGUUUACUUCCUCCUCAGCCGGUGGCGCGAGAAGAUCCGACGGUCAGCACCUCUCCACGUCGUUGAUCUCUCUGAGAUCCUCGCCAUCAUCGCCUUCGUCGCUUCUUUCAUCUAUCUCCUAGGUUUCUUCGGCGUUGACUUUGUUCAGGCUCUUAUCUUCCGUCCUUCCUCUGACGAAGACGUUUGGGCAUCUGACGACGUCGAUCGGCUCGUUCUCAAGGAAGAUUCCAGGAAGAUUCCGUGUGGGCAGUCCCUGGACUGCUCGAUCCCUCCUGUUCUUCCGAUUAAACCUAAAUCCGUGGAUCCACCUGUGCAAAUGGGGCUAGAUUCCGAAGAAGACGAAGCGAUCGUCAAAUCGGUUGUCGAUGGUACGAUCCCGUCCUACUCAUUGGAGACGAAGCUCGGAGAUUGCAAGCGAGCGGCGGCGAUCCGUCGAGAGGCGUUGCAGAGGACCUCCGGGAAAUCCCUAGCGUGUCUUCCAUUGGACGGAUUUGAUUACGAGUCAAUAUUAGGGCAGUGCUGCGAGAUGCCGGUGGGUUAUAUCCAGAUUCCGGUGGGUAUCGCCGGUCCUUUGUUGCUCGACGGAAGGGGAUAUUCGGUGCCGAUGGCGACGACGGAGGGCUGUUUAGUCGCGAGCACCAACAGAGGCUGCAAGGCCAUCCAUUUGUCCGGCGGAGCCGCCAGCGUCCUCCUCAGGGACGGCAUGACCAGAGCCCCCGUCGUCAGGUUUCCCUCCGCCAUGAGAGCUGCUCUCCUGAAGUUCUACGUGGAGGAUCCUGCCAAUUUCGAGACUUUGUCCAUCAUCUUUAACAAAUCGAGUAGAUUCGCCAGGCUUCAAAACAUCAAAUGCGCCAUUGCAGGGAAGAAUCUGUAUAUGAGAUUUUCAUGCAGUACUGGUGAUGCUAUGGGGAUGAACAUGGUUUCCAAAGGUGUACAGAAUGUCUUGGACUUCCUCCAGAGCGAGUUCCCUGACAUGGAUGUUAUGGGCAUCUCUGGAAAUUAUUGUUCAGACAAGAAACCUGCGGCCGUGAACUGGAUCGAGGGCCGUGGUAAAUCCGUUGUGUGUGAAGCUGUGAUUAAGGGUGAGAUCGUGAAGAGGGUGUUGAAGACGAGCGUCGAGGCUCUUGUGGAGCUGAACAUGCUCAAGAACCUUACGGGUUCAGCCAUAGCCGGAGCUCUCGGUGGUUUCAAUGCUCAUGCCAGCAACAUCGUUACGGCCAUCUACAUAGCCACAGGCCAAGACCCUGCUCAGAAUGUGGAGAGUUCUCACUGUAUCACCAUGAUGGAAGCUGUUAAUGAUGGCAAGGACCUCCACAUCUCCGUCACAAUGCCUUCCAUCGAGGUUGGUACGGUCGGAGGUGGAACACAACUUGCAUCUCAAUCUGCCUGUCUGAACCUGCUCGGUGUAAAGGGUGCUGACAGAGACACGCCCGGUUCAAACGCAAGGCAGUUGGCGAAAAUCGUGGCCGGUUCUGUCCUGGCCGGAGAGGUUUCGCUCAUGUCUGCUCUUGCGGCGGGACAGCUCGUUAAGAGCCACAUGAAGUACAACCGGUCCAGCAGAGACGUAACGAGUACCGCCGCCCCUUCUUCCUAGGUCGAGAGAGAUCAUAACGUCGGAUAUAUUCUAAAGAGGAUCUCAGAUAAAUUUUCCAUACAUAAGAUUCCGAGAGAGAGAAAACUGAUGGAGGAAAGGGAUCACCUUUAAUUUUAAACCAAACCCAAUAAUAGCCAGACUCAAUUUGGUUGCUCCUAUCAUGUUGUACCUCGGAUCGUAUCUUGUCGAGUUCUUUGUUCGGUUUCCUGUUCUUAUGUACUCAGCCGUCGAAUUGUAUAAAUGAUGCAAAGUGUUAGUAAAAAAAUAGGUUCUUUGCCUUUCAAACUCCGAGUUUAUCGGACCCUUGUUUUUUUUUUUUUGCAAUCUAAGUGUUUUGAAUCAAGGUUCAGGUACA